AUGGUGUCCCAAAAUUUAUGUUCAAAUCUUUGCAUUUAAUGAUAUUUGGCUUAAAUAGUGUUCCAAACAAAUAAUUUUUGUUUUAUUUAGCAUCAUUCUUUGUGUCAGAUCAUCGUUCUUCGUGUUGACUGCUGAGUAAUAGUGUCCAAAAUUUCUAUUUUAAUCUAAGUGUGACGAUUAGCUUAAAUUAUGACGUAAAUUUAAAUAUAUUUAAUUACAUUUUUUAUUUAUUCUCUCAUAUUCCUUAUAAUUGUUUUGGUAAUUUGGAUUUCAAAUGGCACCUUGGAACCUUAGCACAACAGAAAAAAAUGAAUGUUAACAAAGAGAACUCAUGAUGGACUUUUCAUCUCCUUUUCAUGUUUAGGAAACAUCGCUCCUUAGCUGAAGAUAAUAGAGACAAAUAUAGCCUUAAAGAACACAUGACUCACUUUUCCACAUUUCCUCAAAAUCUUCAAAGGGUAAUCUCUCUCUCUCACUCAAUUUGGCUUAACUGCUAAACGAAACAUUAUCUUUCUGGUAUUACUUAUUUUAUGAUGGCCAAAAAUUACACACUAUAUAAAACUUAACAUGCACCCAGUUUUUUUGAUCAAAAAAAGCAUAUUCUUCUUACCAACAUUUCAAAAUUUAACGAUGGCUAUCCACACUCUCCUCUUCGCCGCCUCACUUCUCAUAUUCUCAUUCAUCGAGUCGAGCUGUGGAGGAAACAAAGAUAAAGUCUUCACUGGACUCCAAAAUUCACUCGAGGUCACCGCUAAACCCGUACAAGAUAGCGUAGUUCUGGAAGCCGGAAAAGAUAUGGUGACAAUUAAAUGGAAGUUAAAGUCGUCGGCCAAAGUAGAUGCCGAUGAUACUUUCAAGAAAAUCCAAGUCAAGCUUUGUUACGCACCAAUCAGCCAAGUUGAUAGACCGUGGCGCAAGACUCACAACGAGCUCUUUAAGGACAAAACCUGCCCUCACGAGAUUGUAUCCAAGUCAUAUGACAAGACCCCUCAAUCACUUGAUUGGACCGUCGAUCUCGAUAUCCCCACUGGAACCUACUUCGUACGUGCCUAUGGAAUUGAUGGAGAUGGCCAAGAAGUAGCAUACGGGCAGAGCUCGGACGAGGGAAGGAAGAAAAAUCUCUUCAGCGUUCAGGCUAUUAGUGGUGGACACGUGUCGCUCGACAUAGCAUCCAUAUUGUUCAGCAUCUUCUCCGUUGUUUCUCUGUUAGUGUUCUUUGUCAAGGAGAAGAAGAAGGCCAAGUUAGAGCAAAGGGAGUGAGUGGAUUAAUAGCGAUGGGGGGGUUUUGUUAAGUGAGUUGUGUGGCUUUUAUAAAUGGUCGUCUUUAGUUUUGUUUGGUUAGAAGAAAUAUAUAUUGUUCUACUUUCCUUCCU